AAACCUUUUUUUUUAUUUGUAGACAAGCAAGCCAACUUUUACUGUUGAUUACGAACGAAAUGAGUUCCUAAAAGAUGGUCAAGUUUUUCGAUAUGUCUCCGGUUCGUUACAUUAUUUUAGAGUUCCUAAACCUUAUUGGAAGGACAGAAUUCAGAAAAUGAAAGCAGCUGGUUUAAAUGCCAUAUCAACUUAUGUGGAAUGGAGUUUACAUGAACCAUAUCCAGGAGAAUACAACUUUGAUGAUAUAGCCGAUUUAGAGUAUUUCUUGCAGUUAGUUAAAGACGAGGGCAUGUAUUUGUUGCUCAGACCAGGGCCAUAUAUUUGCGCCGAAAGAGAUUUUGGUGGAUUUCCAUUUUGGUUAUUGAACGUGGUGCCUAAAAAACGUCUGAGAACUAAUGAUCCAAGUUAUAAACAUUACGUUACCAAAUGGUUUAAUGUUCUUAUGCCCAAAAUUGACCGCUUUUUGUAUGGGAAUGGCGGAAACAUAAUUAUGGUUCAGGUGGAGAAUGAAUAUGGUAGCUACAAUGCCUGCGACCAAGAGUAUAUGUUGUGGUUGCGAGAUUUGUAUAAACGUUACGUUGGAUAUAAAGCUUUACUGUACACAACUGAUGGAUGUGGAUAUUCUUAUUUUACAUGUGGUGCUAUACCUGACGUCUACGCAACUGUAGAUUUUGGUGCCUCGGUUAAAGAUGUUUCCCAAUGUUUUAAAUAUAUGAGAACAACACAAAAGAGAGGGCCUCUAGUGAACUCCGAGUAUUAUGCUGGUUGGUUAUCGCAUUGGCGUGAACCAUCGCCUGUCAUCAGUAGCUACGAAGUUGUGGAAACUAUGAAAGACAUGCUAGCUUUGAAUGCAUCGAUCAAUUUCUAUAUGUUUCAUGGAGGUACAAAUUUUGGGUUUACUUCUGGUGCCAACAAAUACGAAAGUUUAAAAAAUCCAGAUUAUUUGCCUCAAUUAACCUCAUAUGAUUACAAUUCUCCGCUAGACGAAGCAGGAGAUCCAACCGAAAAGUAUUUUAAAAUUAAGAAAUUACUCGAAGGAACUAAUUUUAUAGUGUCAAAUGAAAUAUCACCCGUUGCAGCACCUAAAGGUGAUUAUGGAACAUUCACAAUGCAGCCAUUGGUUAGUCUUUUUGAAAAAGUCACGCAACGGAUAAAACCGGUAGAAAGCGAUGUUCCUCUUGGGUUUGAAAUCAUGGGUUUGAAUUCCGGAUUUGUUAUGUACGAAACUAUUUUGACUGACGAUCAAAAAGACGUCACAGCUCCUGUAAAUCUUACUAUUAGCACAAUCAGAGAUCAAGCAACCAUCUUUUUGGACCAGGCACAAAUAAAAGUUGUACCGCGUAAAUACGAAAAUACACCUAUUAGCUUAAAUAUAAAUAGUACUGUUCAAAAGCUAAGCAUUCUAAUAGAAAAUCAAGGAAGAAUCAACUUCGGAAGCUUUUUGGAAGACCGUAAGGGUAUUUUUGAACCAGUAUUAUUGGGUAGACAUGUACUGGGACCGUGGAAGAUGAUAGCGUACCCUUUAAAUGAAACGUCUUGGUUUUCGACGAUUGAACCACAAAAAGAUGCUGUAUUACCAGCAUUUUAUAAAACCCAAUUUAAAUUACCUGACGGUUUAACAAAACCUUUGGAUACUUAUUUGGACGUUACCGGUUGGAAAAAGGGCGUUGCUUUUGUGAAUGGAAUAAAUAUAGGGCGAUAUUGGCCAUCAGCUGGACCACAAAUAACUCUUUAUGUUCCAGCUACAUUUCUAAUUCCACAGCCGGGUUUAAACACUAUCGUCAUGUUGGAACUUGAAGGAGUUCCUGAGAACUUGUCAAUAUCGUUAACUGAUAAACCUAUUCUUUUUGGUCCUAUAAAUGUUUUGCAAACCAAUCAUUAACAAUACUGUUUACACUUGAUAUUUUUUGUUAAUUAAAUUGUGAUUAGUUUAGUUAAAAUUUGUACCUAGAUUAAUUAAUUUUCAUAUCAUUAUUGGUGAUAAUCAGCAUGUUAUCUACUAUGUAGCUAUUAUGGGAAUAAAUAUAUGCAGUUACUACUUGUCCACUGUGUAAAAUAUCUAAUGCUUAGUUAUUUGUUCUUUAAACUUUAUCGAUAAUUUAAAAAGUUGUCAACAAAAUGUAGUUUUGAUUCUCCCCUAUGAAAUUGAGCACUGAGCUUGAAAUGUUUGUUGGAGGUACCUAUAAAUAUAUAGGUAUAUAUAAGUAGAUUUAAGUAUUUUAAGCAUUAUAUGUAGAUUGUAGGUAUAUGGUAUAUCUACAAUUUUUAUUAUUUAUUAUUAUGAAUGUUCACCCUUAAAAAUUUGAAAUUAUUAUUUAAAAAAAAAAAAUUAACUUUUGUAAAUAAUUGUGUAUUUGUGAUAUUGAAAUACGUGGAUAUCGAAUUUUUUUUAAAUUCUUUUUAAUCUUAUUCUUUAUUUAUGUCAUUAUGUCUUUCAAAAAUGUACUUACAUUAUUGCUAUGUAAAUGUGAAUUUUAAUACUUGAGAAAUAUAUUGCAUUACCUACUUUA